AUGUCAAAUGACAAAACGACACCAAAAUGAAGGGCUAAAGUAGAAUACAAGAGGAGGGACGAGAGAGAAAGUCUAAAACCUAAAUGGAAGUGCUGCAGCGGUAGUGGCGCAACAGUCUCUACUCUAUCCUCAGCCAACCCAGAACAACGCUGCGGAGGCCGUGAACCACUGAAUACGAAGAAGAAGGAAAAAAUGGAAGACGGGGAGGUCGAGGAGGGGAUGUUCAUCGAAGAAGACGAUUCGCAUUCAGAGGUUGAGCCCAGGGUGGAGAAAUCUCCAUGCGAAUUGCUUAAAGAGAGCAAGGCUUCCGUCGAGGGUAUCGUCGCCAAAAUGCUCUCCAUUAAGAAGGAAGGCAACUCCAAAUCCGACCUCACUCUCAGAGAACUCGCCACUCAGAUGUUCAUCCAUUUCGUCACUCUUCGUCAGGCGAAUCGUUCGAUAUUGCUUGAAGAGGAUCGAGUGAAAGCGGAGACGGAAAAUGCCAAGGCGCCAGUGGAUUUCACGACUUUGCAGCUUCACAAUCUGAUGUACGAGAAAGGUCACUACAUCAAAGCAAUAAAGGCUUGCAAAGACUUCAAAUCGAAGUAUCCAGAUAUUGAGCUUGUUCCCGAGGAAGAAUUCUUCCGCGACGCGCCUGAAGAUAUACAAAAUUCUGUGUUAUCGAAUGAUAGCGCACACAAUCUCUUGCUGAAAAGGCUCGACUUUGAACUCCUACAGCGAAAAGAGCUAUGCAAACUUCGCGAGAAGCUUGAACAACAUAAGAAAAGUCUUCAGGAGACGAUUGCGAAUCGGAAAAAGUUCUUAUCAAGUCUUCCGUCCCACCUCAAAUCGCUGAAGAAAGCGUCCUUACCAGUACAGAACCAAUUAGGGGUGCUGCACACUAAGAAGCUGAAGCAGCAACACUCAGCAGAGUUGCUUCCACCACCUCUCUAUGUGCUUUACUCGCAGUUCUUGGCCCAGAAGGAAGCAUUUGGGGAACAAAUUGAGCUGGAGAUAGUAGGAAGUGUCAAGGAUGCACAAACUUGUGCUCACCAACAAGCUAAUGUGGACACUGGCAUUUCUAACAGCCUAGAGAAUUCUAGAAUGGAGGAUGAUGUAGUGGACGAGGAAGAUGAUGGCCAGAGAAGGAGAAAACGGACAAAGAAGAUUCCAACCAAGGACAACCUCGACCAGGCAGGAGUUUAUCAAGUUCACCCUUUAAAGGUCAUGCUUCAUGUGUAUGAUGAAGAGGUUUCUGACCCCAAGUCUGCAAAACUUAUCACGCUGAAGUUCGAGUAUUUGUUGAAGUUGAAUGUUGUAUGUGUUGGAAUUGAAGGAUCCCAUGAAGCGCCUGAGAAUAACAUCUUAUGUAACUUAUUCCCCGAUGACACCGGUCUUGAGCUUCCACACCAGUCAGCCAAGCUCGUCAUUGGUGAUUCUCUUCUGUUUGGUGAAAGGAGAACUUCCCGUCCAUACAAGUGGGCCCAACAUCUGGCCGGAAUUGAUUUCUUACCUGAGGUGUCUCCAUUGCUUAAUGGACAUGGAACUCCAGGAACGGAUGUAGCAAAAAAUGAUGCUGUUGUGUGUGGCCUUUCUCUAUAUCGCCAGCAAAAUCGUGUACUUACAGUUGUUCAACGAAUUCGCUCUCGGAAGAAGGCACAGCUGGCUCUUGUGGAACAGCUUGAUUCACUUAUGAAGCUUAAAUGGCCUGAUUUGUCUUGUGAAAGUGUUCCAUGGGCUUUGCAUACUCCUUUGUGCAAUUUUAUUAGUUGUUCACCUGUAGGAACCCCACCUAAUCAGGGUUCUUCUUUAAUAGAGUUGGAGCAGGUUCCACAACCUAUAGAUGUGGUUGAACGAUCUGGUUCUUCGAAGGAGGAAGUAGAGAAUGCUAGGGAAGAUGGGGAGCUUCCAUCUCUGAUUCCAGUUUUCUCUACUGCAAGUGACAUUGAACUUACUCCAUCAAAAGAGUCUAAUCUUGACCACUUCAGGCAGCUGGCUUUAAUUUCAAAAAGUAUUGUAUCUCCAAUCAGUAAGGCAAAAUCACAAAGUUUUAAGAAACGUGAUGAAGAUUCAAUUCUCUUGCUUGAUAUCGAGAGUGAUAUGGAUGAGCCAGCAUAUAUGGAGCCGGAGGAAGAACAAGUGGACCCCGUUCAAUGCUUCGAGGUGGACAGAAAAUGGGUACAUUAUGGGGUCAGGGAAUUUUCUCUCAUCUUAACCAGGAAUACAGGCGCAGAUAAGAAGACUGUGAAGUUAGAAGCCAAGAUUAAGAUCAGCAUGGAGUAUCCGUUGAGGCCUCCCCUUUUUGCAUUGAGCAUUUACACUUCAUCUGGAGAAAAUCAUUACGAGGAUGAUGGUUCUGAGUGGUACAAUGAACUUCGUGCAAUUGAAGCGGAGGUCAAUCUGCACAUGCUGAAGAUGUUACCUCUGGAUGAAGAAAACCACGUGUUGGCCCAUCAAAUACGUUGUCUGGCAAUGUUGUUUGACUAUUACAUGGACGAGGUUUCCUCUUCCUCUGAAAAGAGAAAGAGUACUUCUGUAGUUGACGUUGGCUUGUGUAAGCCUGUUAGUGGUCAGCUUGUUUCCAGAUCAUACAGAGGAAGAGAUCGCAGGAAGAUGAUAUCUUGGAAAGACAUGGAAUGCACUCCUGGCUAUCCUUACUAGGAAAGCAUAUUUCUUUGGUUUUUAAAGGUGAACAUUGAAUAGCCAGGGGUCACAAUAAUGUUCAGGAGAAGAGGAAAAAAAAAUAUUGUGAAAACGCAACUUAUAAUGACAAUGAUUUUCGACUACUGGGUAUAAAAUAUGAGUUCAGAUGCGAGUUUGAACUUUGAACUGGGCAUAAAAUAUGAGUUGUGGAACUGGGCAUAAAAUAUGAGUUCAGAUGCGAGUUUGAACUUUGAAGCGAUUUUUUUAUGCAGCUGGAACUUGGGACUUUCAGUUAAAGGGGUCACCUCUCACCAGCUAUAUCCUAGAAUUUGUCCAGGAGAUUAUUUCAUGGCAUUACAUGUGUAAUUUAUUUUCCACAUUUUUUUUUUCUAUAUAUGUAAAAAAUUUUAGCAUACUGCCUUGUAGCGCAAUGUAGUAUGUUGGGAAGCCAAGAUAUUUAUCAAGCACCUUGUUCCCAUUGACUCGGUUAGCCCUACAAAUUAUAAGCGACCGAGAUAUUUAGCACCUUGUUCCGAUAGACUUGGUGAGGCACAAAUUAUAUAAA